ACCCCUUGCAGCACACAGAAAGAAAUCCGUCUGAGUUUGCAGAGCCUGGAGAAGAAGCCUGACCAUGGAAGGGCAACGGCUGUCAUCCUACGGAAGGCGUUUCGGCGCACAGACUUCCUCCAUCCACCACGCCUUGAGGUUCUCGCCAGGGCGCAGGUACCUGUCUUCAGGUCCUGGCACUCGGCUCUCCGUCACCAAGCUGAAGACCUCCAGCCUCAGCUUCCGUGCCGGCCCCAAGUUCUCCCCGGACAAGGUGGAUUUUUCCCUGGCUGAUGCCCUCAACACCGAAUUCAAGGAGACCCGCACCAAUGAGAAGGUGGAGAUGAUGGAGCUGAACGAUCGCUUUGCCAGCUACAUAGAGAAGGUCCGGUUCCUGGAGCAGCAGAACAAAGUCCUGGUGGCAGAGCUCAACCAAAUCCAAGACAAGGAGCCCACCAAGUUGGCCGAUAUCUACCAGGAGGAGGUGAGGGACCUCCGCCACCAGGUCGACCAGCUCACCAACUCCAAGGCCCGUCUGGAGAUCGAGAGAGACAACCUGCUGGAGGACCUCAACAAUCUCCGGCAAAAGUUACAGGACGAGAUUAAUCUGCGCCUUGAAGCUGAGAACAAUUUGUCUUCCUACCGACAGGACGUUGAUGAUGCUGCGUUGGCCCGAAUAGACCUGGAACGCAAAAUUGAAUCCCUGCAGGAGGAGAUCAACUUCCUAAAGAAGAUCCAUGAGGAGGAGCUUCAGGAGCUGCAGGAGCAGCUGCAGCAGCAGCAAGUCCACAUCGAGAUGGACAUGGCCAAGCCGGACUUGACAUCUGCCUUGCGCGAGAUCCGCAUCCAGUACGAGUCCAUGGCCUCAAACAACAUGCAUGAGACUGAAGAAUGGUACAAGUCUAAGUUUGCAGACCUGACCGAUGCAGCGGCACGAAACAUCGAGGCCCUGCGUCUCGCCAAGCAAGAAGCCAACGAGUACCGCCGGCAGCUGCAGUCCCUCACCUGUGACCUGGAGUCCCUGAGGGGAUCGAACGAAUCUCUGGAGAGGCAGCUGAGGGAGAUGGAAGACCGCUACGCCCUCGACACUGCCGCCUACCAGGACACAGUGAUUCGGCUGGAAGAAGACACCCGCAGCCUCAAAGAGGAAAUGGCUCGUCACCUCCAGGAAUACCAGGACCUCCUCAAUGUCAAGCUGGCUUUAGAUAUUGAGAUUGCCACCUACCGCAAACUCUUGGAGGGGGAGGAAAGCAGGAUCACCAUUCCAGUGCAGACCUUCUCCAACCUUCAGAUCCGAGAGACCAGCCUGGACACAAAGUCAGUUUCUGAGGCCCACCUGAAGAGGAGUAUUGUGGUCAAAACAGUGGAGACAAGAGAUGGAGAGGUGAUCAAGGAGUCAACCCAGGAGCACAAGGAAGUGGUGUGAAGCCAGCGGCUGCGAAGUAAAAGCCACACUAGCGGAGGGAGGGAGGAGACGCCUGUAGCUGUAGGAUGCUAGGAGAAGCUUGCCUCCCUUUCUGACGCUUCAAGCCUAUGGCCCCCAAACAGCUCUGCACACCGAAUAUGCUGCUGCUACGAGGGGUGGGAAACAUUUGCAAAUUUAACUAUUGCUGAGAAAGUAUAACCGGCUGCUGCCUCUUGGGCCUCAGUUGCCUGGUGCUUCAGGUGGGGUUUGGGACCCACCCCCGCUUUCUCGCAUCUUGUAUGCUUCCCUCACUGUGUCCAAAUGAGGCACCGUGUUUAGACUGGGCUGUAGCUCUCCUAGAUGUUAUCCGCCUUGGGCUUAACACCAAAACCUGCUGCUUCUCAAUAAACCUACUAAUGAAUAGGA